AUGAGCAUCACCUUCAUAUACAUAGAUCCUUCUGUCGCGGUCGCUGGUACACGCUGGCUCUCUGGAGAAGAGGGUCGCACUGCGUCGAUCACUGCUUAUCUCCAUCCAGUUCACUCCCUGUCUUUUCUCCCUUACUCGCUCAUUCCAACACCAUGGUGCUCUCUAACGAUAUUGACCUUUUGCAUCCUCCUGCGGAACUGGAGAAAAGGAAACACAAGUUGAAAAGGCUUGUGCAGUCUCCCAAUUCAUUUUUCAUGGAUGUCAAAUGCCAGGGAUGCUUCAGCAUUACCACCGUUUUCAGUCACUCCCAGACUGUGGUGUUAUGCGGCAGCUGCUCCACGGUUCUUUGCCAGCCCACGGGUGGAAGAGCCCGUUUGACUGAGGGUUGCUCGUUCAGGAAGAAGGGAGAUUAAUUUAAAUAUGGAAGCAGAAGUUGAUGUUUUCGAUUUCCCAGCUUAUUGAUGGGAGCUCAAGGCAUUUGUAUGUGGCAGCGUGGAUAGAUUCAGCUUGUAAGAAAGCUUUUUUAAUGUUUUUGUAUGGCUUGGUGAUUACCCAAGUUCUUGGAUUUUAUUGAACAGCUAUUGCUGAUUUCAAUCUGCCAGCGA